GCUCCCUCUCUCUCUCUUCUUCUCUCUGUAUAAAGAGAUGAGCGGGGGAAGAAGGAACAGAGUGCGACAGUGUCUAUAUUAGCGUUUAGCUCACAACACACACCUUCCACAACAGACAGAACCGUCGGAAAGAAGGAACUGGCUAACGACCCCGCUGCCUUUUGCUUGAAUGUUUUAGUCUAAAUGGACGAACAGAGCGAAGGGGAGCAUGUGCUUACGGGUCUAGAUGAGGAGGCAUUAGUUGAUCACGGGAAGUCCAGCUUCACCACUCACACAAACUAUGAAACGGAAGAUUUGGAAAGCCACAGAGCGGUGUAUGUAGGCGUCCAUGUUCCUCUUGGCAGGGAGAGCAAACGUAGGCAUCGCCACCGAGGACACAAACACCACCGAAAGAAGAGAGAGAGAGACUCUGAGGAGGGGAAGGAAGAUGGCCGGGAAUCCCCCACUUAUGACACACCAUCCCAGCGGGUCCAGUUUAUCCUGGGAACAGAGGACGAUGACCUUGAGCACGUCCCCCAUGACCUCUUCACUGAGAUGGAUGAGCUCUCCUUCAGAGAUGGCAGUGCCACUGAGUGGAAGGAGACUGCCAGAUGGCUGAAGUUUGAAGAGGAUGUGGAAGACGGUGGGGAGAGGUGGAGUAAGCCCUACGUGGCUACGUUGUCUCUACACAGUUUAUUUGAACUACGAAGCUGCAUACUCAACGGCACAGUCAUGCUGGAUAUGAGGGCCAACAGUAUUGAGGAAAUUGCAGACAUGGUGAUAGACAGCAUGGUGGCUUCGGGCCAGCUGAAGGAGGAUUUGCGUGCCAAAGUACGGGAAGCCAUGCUGAAGAAACACCACCACCAGAAUGAGAGAAAGCUCAGCAAUCGCAUCCCUCUGGUGCGGUCCAUUGCUGACAUAGGCAAGAAACAUUCUGACCCACUCUUGCUUGAAAGAAACGGAGAGGGCCUGUCCUCUUCACGUCUCUCUCUCCACAAGCCAGGGGCAACCUCCUCUGUCUCCAACCUCUCCCAGAGACGAGAGUCCAGAGUCUCCAUCCUGCUCAACCAUCUCCUGCCCUCUUCUUCCAACAGUGGGCCCUCCCCAGGCCCCUCGUUCCUCAGCACCCCUCAAAAUAGUCCCGCUUUCCAUCGGUCAUCCUCCCAAAGUCCACCUCACACCCACGGUGUAGGCCUUGGUCCUCAAGGCAUCCCAGAGGUGGUGGUAUCGCCUCCUGAGGAUGACGAUCCACCAAACUCUGCCGAAGAAGAAGACGCGCCAUCGCCACAGCUCAGACGGCGAGCAUCCUCGGCAUCCCAGGGCCUCGAGCUGCUGCCCUUAGAAGGACCACUGGUGUCUCCGAACUCUGUCCCAAACAACCUGGACGGCAACAAGACUGUGGAAAGAAGGCCGUCCAAAGUAGGGGUCAGUAGAGAAAGCAGCAGUGUCGACUUCAGCAAGGUGGACAUGAAUUUCAUGAAAAAGAUUCCUCCGGGUGCCGAGGCUUCCAACGUACUAGUGGGAGAAGUGGAUUUCCUGGAGAAGCCCAUAAUUGCCUUUGUUCGACUGUCCCCUGCAGUCCUUAUCACAGGCCUCACAGAGGUGCCUGUGCCCACAAGGUUUCUUUUCCUGCUUUUGGGUCCUCAUGGCAAAGGGCCUCAGUACCAUGAGAUUGGCAGAUCCAUGGCUACACUAAUGACAGAUGAGAUCUUCCAUGAUGUGGCAUACAAGGCCAAGGACCGAACAGAUCUCCUCUCGGGGAUUGAUGAGUUCCUCGAUCAGGUGACUGUCCUGCCUCCUGGAGAAUGGGACCCCACAAUCCGGAUUGAGCCCCCCAAGAAUGUCCCAUCUCAGAUGAAGAGGAAGAGACCGUCUCAGCCAAAUGGUACCGCGUCUCCGGCCGGAGAGCUGGAAAAGGAGGACGACCAUAACAUAGGGCCUGAGCUGCAGAGAACCGGGAGGAUAUUCGGAGGUCUGAUCCUAGAUGUCAAGCGGAAGUUUCCAUUCUACUGGAGCGACAUCAGGGACUCCUUCAGUCUGCAGUGUCUAGCCUCCAUCCUGUUCCUCUACUGUGCCUGCAUGUCCCCCGUCAUUACAUUUGGAGGUCUGCUCGGGGAGGCAACAAAAGGCAACAUAAGUGCCAUAGAGUCUCUAUUUGGGGCCUCACUGACGGGAGUGGCAUACUCCCUCUUUGCAGGCCAGCCCCUCACUAUUCUUGGCAGCACAGGCCCCGUUUUAGUGUUUGAGAAGAUCCUCUUCAAGUUCUGCAAUGACUACAGCCUGUCCUAUCUGUCACUGCGGACCAGCAUCGGUCUGUGGACGGCCUUCCUGUGUCUGGUCCUAGUGGCCACAGAUGCUAGCUCCCUUGUCUGCUACAUCACCCGUUUCACAGAGGAGGCCUUCGCUGCACUCAUCUGCAUCAUCUUCAUCUACGAGGCUCUGGAGAAGCUCUUUCACCUGGGAGAACUCUACCCGGUCAACACGCACAAUUAUUUGGACAACCUUACUCUGUAUUCGUGUCAGUGCUCUCCUCCAGCCAAUGUCUCUGAUAAGCUCGUGCAGGAGUGGAACCAGACGGGAUACAGCCCCGACUCCAUCUCCUGGAGCAGCCUCAAUGUUUCGAUGUGUAAGAAACUCCACGGGGAGUUUCUGGGUCCUGCCUGCAGCCAACAUGGUCCCUAUAUUCCAGAUGUUCUCUUCUGGUCCAUCAUCCUCUUCUUCACCACCUUCUUCCUCUCCUCCUUCCUCAAGCAGUUCAAGACUGAGAGAUAUUUUCCCACCAAGGUCCGAUCCACCAUCAGUGAUUUCGCUGUGUUUAUAACCAUCAUGAUCAUGGUGGCGGUGGACUAUCUGAUGGGGAUCCCCUCCCCCAAACUGAAUGUCCCUGAUCGCUUUGAGCCGACUUCAAAGAAUCGAGGCUGGCUGAUGGACCCAUUAGGAGGAAAUCCCUGGUGGACCCUGCUGGUGGCGGCACUUCCUGCCCUGCUUUGCACCAUCCUCAUCUUCAUGGACCAGCAGAUCACAGCAGUCAUCAUCAACCGCAAGGAGCACAAGCUCAAGAAAGGUUGUGGCUAUCACCUGGACUUGCUGAUAGUGGCGAUCAUGCUGGGUGUGUGUUCCAUCAUGGGCCUGCCAUGGUUCGUGGCUGCGACCGUCCUUUCCAUCUCCCAUGUUAACAGCCUGAAGGUGGAGUCUGGCUGCUCCGCCCCGGGAGAACAGCCCAAGUUCCUGGGCAUCCGGGAGCAGCGGGUCACUGGAUUCAUGAUCUUUGUCCUCAUGGGUUGCUCUGUCUUCAUGACGUCAGUCCUCAAGUUUAUUCCUAUGCCAGUCCUGUACGGAGUCUUUCUCUACAUGGGUGUCUCCUCCCUCAAAGGCAUUCAAUUCUUUGACAGAAUCAAGCUGUUCGGCAUGCCCGCCAAGCACCAGCCUGAUCUCAUCUAUCUGCGCUACGUGCCGCUGUGGAAGGUCCACAUCUUCACUCUGGUGCAGCUCACCUGUUUGGUGCUGCUGUGGGUUAUCAAGGCCUCUGCAGCAGCUGUUGUGUUCCCCAUGAUGGUUCUGGCGCUGGUCUUUAUCCGAAAGCUUCUCGACUUUUUCUUCACCAAGAGAGAGCUGAGCUGGUUGGAUGACUUGAUACCGGAGAGCAAGAAGAAGAAAGAGGAUGACAAGAAAAAGAAAGCACGUGAAAAGCUAGAAGCAGAGUCCAGACUGCACGAAGAAGAAGAGGAGGAGGUAGGACUGAAGGUCGGCUUUGAAGGCUCGAACCUGCUCAACAUCCCAGUGAAAACACUUUCAGGGAGCUCUGAUUCUGAUCCCUUGGUUGUAAAUAUCUCUGAUGAAAUGGCCAAAACCGCAGCGUGGAAAGCAGUGAACUCGAGCGCAGAGUCAUGUGCCCAACCUGUGAAGCGUAGUCGAAGCCAGGAAAAGGUGGCCUGUGUUAGAGUCGACGUCAGCCUGGAUGCUCCAGGAGGGGGUUCCACCGCCGAGACCUUCCUGUGAUAAAGCGAGGCCCUCCCCAUGCUCCUGCCACCUUCUCCUCCCGCACAACACUUUACCCCGCUGACGGGCACCAUUUUAGCGGCAAAAGGGGGCAUAGGACUGGAGCAGCACAACCUGCCCGCAGUGUUGCCUUCUUCGGGGCAGCAGGCGAGCUCCCACAGGGCUGCGAGUCCUACUCCACUCGAGUCUUGAAGAGUGCAGCACAUGUCCAAAUGGCUGCCAUGACGUACUGUAGAGAGCACAUUGUCCAAGGAAUGAAAGGUUUCUGCUGUUACUGCCCACCGACACUCACUGUUUCACUCUCGAUCUAGCAAUUUGUCAACCAUUAAAACCACAGAUGCCAAAGGAACAGGCCUCACUGGUGGAGAUUUUGGACUGUGCGAAGUGAAUUUAGCUUUUAACCCACUGUACAUUUUAAUUUCAGUUUACUUUUAUUGUUUUAGCUGGUCUCAGUACUGUACAUCUUUGUUUCCAUGUGUUUUUUAGGUCGGUAUUCAGACCUCUCACCUGACUACACCAGCUUCAAAAACUCAUUUGAUUAAAGCCAUUCAGGUACUGUCAGUGGCAGCUGAUUAUAUAUCAUAAUUAGUCUGACACAGUAAAUGACACAAACCAAAACAGAGGUAGAUUCAGAUACUACUACCACGCCACACUACUACUCCUACAUAGAUCUUCUGUCGAAUUAGCUCAUGAAUCAUCUCUGCUGUCUGCAGGGGAACACUCAGUAUUGAUAUUGCUGCUCAUAAGUUGGUCAGUUGUUUUCACUGUAAACCUCACUGUUCAUAUUGUAUGUGAUAUAAAACUAUAAUUAUAUCUGUCUGUAUGUAUGUAUGUAUGUAUACUGUGUUCUUUUCAUUUGUAACAUUAUAGGAUACCUACUUCAGAGGCCAUAUGAAGUCUGUACUGUACAGUAAGCACUUUGCCAGUAUAGUUUCUUACCUAAAAUGGAUGAUAGCGUAUUAAUAAAAAGGUUAUGUCUCCUCCCACCAUAUCUAUAACGCUGUUGUUCAAAUGUCAGUUAAACAACUCAGGAAUCUUGAAUGAUUUCUGACCGUGGUCACUUGAUAUUUUUGUCACCAGGCAGUGAUAAUUAACUGUCGGCUGUAUUCCUUUCAUCGCUGGUAUCACAACUAUUUUAAUAAAUGCUGUAAAUCAUAAAGUAUAGUAAGGUGCAAAAUAAAAAAAAGAAUAUUUGUGACCCCAGUUAACUGCACCUGUUUUUAUACUGUCUGUAUUGUUGUUGGUAAUGUGUGUACGUGUGUGUGCGUGCGUGUGUGUGUGUGGUGUAAAGAUAAAAUUGGUAUGUUAAGCAUUGCAAAUCAUUUUAUGCAAAAUAUUUCUACAGUAAAUGUAAAAACUAUUCUAUUCUAUGAAGUUGUUUUUAUUUUGCUAAGUGCAGUUCUGUUUUAGCAAUAAGUAUCCCAUACUGUGCAAUGUAUGGACUCAUGAACCUAGCUAAUAUUCAGGCAAAGACGACUUUGUGAAAUGAUUUUUAUUUUUUUUGUUUUUGUUUUCUCUCGUGUCCGUUUCAUCAGCUCUGUCUGUGUGUAGCUACAGUGACUAUACGGACAAUAGCUUACGUGCCUUGUCAAAGCUCUUUAUGUGCAAAGUCUUGUACUGAUAAUUUAAGUGUUCAGAACAUAUGUACAGGUGUACACACACACACACGGUGGCACACAAAUGCCAAAGACGGACCAUCAUUACUUUACAGAAGUGAACCAGUACGCGGCUCAUCUGCAGAGGCUUCUGUAUGUCGUAGAGUUAUCCCACGUCUGUGUGAAGGUCGUGGCGCUCAGUUUAUAUUCCAUUCGCAAAUGUAACUCUGGAUACUGUUUCUGUUCGUGUGUGUUCUGCUGUCACAGCUGUAGUAUUUGCUCACGACAUAACAGCUCUGUAAUCUAUGGUCUUUGAACACUGAAUGUCAAAUUAUUGUACGGUCAACAUCAAAGAUGUCAGAAACAUUUUGCCAAAUUUACAUUUACUAAACAGAAAAAUCUUACAAUUUGAAUUCAUUUACAAAUACUUUACGAGUUACUUCCCUGCACAGAUGUUUGAUAUACAGAUGAGAGUUCAGGUGCAUCGUCACAAUAAACUGAACAUCUUCUGUCACAAUUUAUUUUGAUGGAGAAUACCCUAUUUUCACAUAACAUCAGUUCAAUAUAAGUAUAUAUAUAUACGUGCGUGUGUGUGUUUUAAGAGGUGGAUAAACUAUCAACAACAAAAAGGUGGAGAUUUUAUCCUCCGUCGUCACUCCAACGUCACUAAGUAAAAAUGCAUUGUUCUGAUGUACAGACACAAAACAUCAGUGAAGCACACUGCUGCCUGUUGUUAGCUUGAAAGAUGACUCCUUUGUCAUUGCCGAUUGAUGCAAAGCAAUAAAAGUGAAUACAUGGUGA